UAAUGGUAUAAAUAUAUGUGUAACCACGAAGUAUAUGUGUGACUGAAAUUAACAUUUAAAGUUUUAAAAUAAUGCACUAACAAUGACAUUAAUCGAAACAUAUCGAUCAUGUUGGCUUGUAGCAACAUUUGGCCUAGUACUAUUCAUUGGCGGAGCGGGUGUUCUGUUUUGGAAUGAGGGGCGGGCCGUUCAUACUAUCCUGUCUUUGGAUGAGGCCCUGGACGAUGCUGUAACACUAGAUGCCACAUCUGAUGAUAUCGAGCCUACAUACAAUGAUCGUAUUGUUCAUAUAUCAGGACCAAUUAUAGUAGGCGAACCUUUGACCGAACCCGAUUAUAAUAUUCAGGUUUUGGCGGUUAAACUCAGAAGACGCGUACAAAUGUAUCAAUGGGUGGAAGAAACUGUUGAACAUAAUUAUGGCGAAAGUGUUGCUUCCGUGCAUACCGAGGAUCGUACUUAUUAUUAUACCCGUGAUUGGCGUGACAAACUUAUAGAUUCCCGUUCAUUUUAUAUACAGACUGGACAUCAAAAUCCUAAACAAUUCCCCAUUGAAUCGGAAACACAAGUAGCUGAUGCCGUUUAUGUAGGUCGUUUCGAACUGGGCAAUAAUAUCAAAAAUAAAUUUAAUAAUUAUGUAGAAUUGACUUCGGAUACUAGACCCGAAGAUGCAACAAUUAAAUUGCAUUUGGGACUAUAUUAUCAUACUAAUGAUUUAUUUAAUCCCGAAAUUGGUGAUAUACGUAUCUUAUUCUCGUUUGCUGGCAUGGAAGGUGAAAUGUAUACUAUUGUGGGCAAAAUGGUGAAAAAUAAAAUUGAACCCUACAGAACCAGUCGUGGAGUUGAUAUACUUCUAGUGUAUCCCGGAGAAUUGUCUUUAACAGAGGUGUUUAAGAAGGAACAUCAUGCUCAACGCUUAACAACAUGGGGAUUCCGUUUCAUGGGUUGGAUUUUAGUAUUUUUCGGUGUUACUUGCACUUCAACUUUACUACAUGUUAUAUUAUCCCGCAUACAAUUUCUUUCCUCGCUGGCACCAGAUCCACGUUUUCCAGUCGGCACCAAUAUUUUACUUUCAUUAUCGAUGGCUCUUGUUAUAGCCGCCGUGGCUUGGAUUUUACAUCGUCCCAUGGUUGGUGCUGGCCUAAUGUUUGCAGCUGCCUCACCCUUUGUUUGGUUUGCCAGGGGUGUAACUAAUUAUCAAAGAGUUAACUAAAAGUGAGAGAGAAAAGUUCAUUUUGUUUUAAUUUUAAUUAAUAUACUCAUUUAAUUUUUAGUUCCUUAAUCCAAAAUCAAUUGUUUUCAUUAAUUUAUUUUAUAUUUUUGAAAAAUAUAUUUUAGAUCAGGGAAUACACGUUUUUGUACUAACAAUUAGUUAGAUCUCUUCAACAAUUUUAACUGAUAAUAUUAUUUAUUUAAUUUAUAAAAUUGUUUGUAAAUGUUUCAUUAAACUAUUACUUAAUUUAAACAAAUAGUCAAA